CAAAAAAAUACUUCUGCUAUAUAUUAAUACUUCCACAAACAUCAAUAUUUCUCUUUCACAAUCCCCCUUCGAUCGCCAGUGUUACCCACGAAGAGUGAUUACGCUACUUGACUUCCGAAAAGCCCAUUUGACAUCAGACGAUUGCUCAUAAAUUUAUCGUCCUCCUCUCGUGGUUCAAUCCAGCAGUGGCAACUGCAAGUGUCAUCCAAUCUCUUCCUUCUAAUCUCAAAACUCUAUAUACCACAUUUUCAUGCGACAUGGCACCGAGUCUGAGGUCGAAGAUUCUCAAAUCUCUUCCUUUAAGGGCCAGGAAAAUGUUUACUUCUAGAGCUGCUUUGAAAAAUGCAGAUGAUAAAUCGCCUGUUUCCAAUCCAUUCCCGUUUUUACAACUUCCUGCAGAAUUGCGGAUUCAGAUAUAUGAAGAACUCGCUCCAAAGUCGGAAUCGAAAUCCAGAAAUGUCUUAAGAGUCACACGGACUCAUUUAAGAAAAGAUCCCGAGAGAGGAAAAUAUGCUAUAGAAAGGUGUUUAACGAACGAUGCUAGCCGUCACUACCCAGAAAUAUUACGUUUGAAUCGACUGAUUUAUCAUGAGGCCAUGCCACUGUGGUAUGGGAUCGAUAAGCUUCAAAUCUGGAUAAUUAGCCCAGUAAUCGAAUUCAACAUAAAAACAACUCUACCGAGCAAUUUACCUUAUUUCCUGAGAUUCAUAACGUCGCUUCGCAUCGAUAUUUUCGUUGAGAAUGAUGAUAUAUCAUCGGCAUUAAAAUCAGGGGGACCACAGACGCCUAGAUUUUGGACAAAGUUUGGAAACCGUUUGGCUGAACAUGGCACCCUCACACACCUUCACCUGCGCUUCUCAUUGCGAACACCAAUACGGCUUCCACUCUCCACCUUUCCUUCACAUUUUCUCGACAUUCUUUUGGACUCCUACGUCGAACCUUUUCGAGGAAUAUCAGGAUUGUUGAAUCUGAAAACUCAAAUCGACGUACGACACAAUCCGUUCUACCAGGGCGAAAGAAAUGAAAUCAGCCUUGGGACAAGAGUUUAUUCCUCUGUGGAGGAAGAUGCACGUGCGUAUCUGGACACUUUCGAGUCUGAAAUGCUCCAAGUCACAAAGUCGAUACAUUGAUAUACUACAACCAUCACCCAUAUCUCCACUUCUACGAUAUGAUUGUAGAAUUACGUGCUGUAUAUACGAAACGAAUACAUGGUCCCUGAAUAUGCGAUAUCAUCUAUCAGAUUUAACCACGUUCGGAAACUUUGAGAGAUGGUGAAUCCAUCUGCCCAGCAGUACUACAUCUCAAUAUGUCAUUGGUCACUUGGUACUCCCAGAUCGCUAAACUAUCGAUCAGAACGUAUUCAACAUCCAUGCAACGAAGAGAUUUCCAGCAAUAUUCCCCGCAAAUUUCCAGGCAGAAAAUCAAAAGCUCAAGUCGGAUAUCUCGUAAAUAUGUAUUCGAACAUGUUCACACAUAUAGACGAAGUCCUCCCGGAUCCUCUUUCAUCAAAUUAUAAUUAUAAUUACCUGGUUUCUCUCAUCUCCUCAUCUUCGAUCUCGGUUCCUCUAUAAUCAUCACACUUGUUCGAAACCUCUCCUCGAAAUCAUUACAUCGACA